UCCACUGGAGGCAAUUUACGAACGCACCCAUAAUUUCGGCCACGCCGCCAUUAAACCUCAAAGAAGAGUAAAAUGAAGUGACACGCUGUCAGAUUACAUUCUCAAAUAAAACGUUUCGGUCCAGCCUCACCAGUCACUAUAAUGCCGCUGCAGCAGAGUCCUGUGUGGUUUCCCACCGACCUCAAUGUCACCAAAAGAUGUAUAAUGUACAAACUGCUCGUCUUGGAGGACGCCAGGAAUACACUGGACAAACAACUACGACAUCUAACCGAAAAGGCCAACGUGGAAGUCCGAAGCUUCCUGAGCGCGCCUCAUCCUAUCAAUGUGCUGGACAACCUCGUCAGAUCUUUGGAUGCUAAAUGUUAUGUCAUUGAGAAACUUUCAACUGCACUCAAAAACCUGACGACCGAUCCACAAUUCAGUGCCUCAGUUUCCACCAGACCCCUAAACAGCCUGUUGCAGCCAGCGCUAUCCAGAGACCGAGGCAUCAUGACAUCGUCAGACGUGCUGAAGUUUGGUCCCAUGCUGCAGAACGUCCUCAUGGCCGGCUCCAUUACCAAGGCAGUACAGAUGCUGGGAGCCUUGCCUGCCCUACAGCAACUCAAACUCUUCUGCUCCUCUUCCUCCUCUCAAGAUGAAGACUUCCAGAAGGAUCAGGUCUUUAUAUGCAUCUCCUCCUCCUCCUCCUCCUCCUCCAGCAAAGUAGCAAAGCUCCCAAUCCCCAGCUCCUCAACCAGCGUAGCCAGUCUGAAUCUGACCAAAGACAAUGGGAUCUUUAUCUCCAAGGAGAAGACACAGCAGCAGUCAAAUACAACGACCUCUCAAAUCAAAGAUAACAGUCAAAUCAAACAAACACCUGGAGCAACAGAUGUAGACCUACCUGUCCCAGGUGAGCUCCUCUCGGGGUUCAGUAACCCAGCCUACCAGAUGACAGCCCUGGCUCCUCCCCCUCUAGAUUCAGGAAGUGACACCAGAGUGCAGCACCAGAAGCAAACUUCCUCUCAGCUCAUGCAAUUCCUGCGAACCAAUUGCAGGAAUGAGCCGUUCGUGGAGUUGGCCGCUUUCUUCCGGCACACCAGCCACUACCAGUACACCUCUGAUUCCACUGUCCCGGCAAUGACCUCUGACCCCCUCCCGGAAACAAAGCAUGCCCAGGAAACCCAGAAUGUUCUAGAAACUAAGAACCACAACGUCAGCGUCCCAAAGAAGGAGCUGUUUUCAGAGCUGCCAGAUAACCAGCUGAACCAAUAUGCCCCGGUGUUCACAGUAAAGCGUGUGGAGUCUGGAGGCUCUCUGAUCUUCAGCUGUAUCAUUGCCACCAAGACGGAGCUCUGGGACAUAGGAGACGUCUUUACCGAGGCGACAAGGAGCGGUCCUUCCUCUGACGUCGUCACCACCUCGGAGAACAAGAUGUCUGCCGCUAGUCUCCAGUGUCGGAGUGUAGAGAUCUCUAGUAAGACCCUCCAACCCCCAGCUCCAUCCAUCCACAGCCUACAGAUCAAAGAGGGACAUGUGACGGGGGAGGUUCAGGAAGAUAUCAACAAUAUCAGUCUGACUCCAGAACUCCAGAGAUUCCAGAACUGUUGUUCCUUGGUUACCCCAGGCAACCAGUGUCUGAACAUUCCAGAGUUCCAGAUCCGUAAGUUUGAGGAGAUGGCGGUGGUGGUGAGUCACGUGGUGCAUCCUGGGAACUUCUACAUCCAACAGGCCGACGCCACCCUCCAGCUGGAGGACCUCAACACUGAUAGUUUAGCAGAGCUGAAGUGUACUCCAGACAUCGGGACCUACGUCAUGGCUUGGUUCCCCCAACAGGAGAGGUGGUGUCGGGCACAGGUGGCCAAGAUAUGUGGCAUGAGUGGAGACAUCAAUGAGGUGGAGGUGAGGAGGCUGGACUACGGAGACACUUCUUGUCUGUCUCUAUGUAACAUCAAGGAACUCAGUGCUGAGAUGACAUCACUUCCUCUACAGGCCAUACAGGUCUCCCUGGCUAAUGUGCGCCCAGUGGACGUGUGUGGCUGGACCCAACAGGCAGUAUAUUGGUUCAGAGACAUGGUGGGCAACAGGACGCUGUACGCACGGCUCUACCCUCAGGGAGAGAGACACAACCCCAUGGUGGAACUCUUCAUGGAGAAGGGAAAACUGGGGUCCAUGAGGAGAGGAGCCUCUCUGUCUCUGAGACUGGCUCAGAAUGGACAUGCGAAACAUGACAAGCUGAGGAACCUGGGAUUCAAGAGAAGUAGUGCGCAGGAGCGAACCAAGAAAUGUCAGUCUGCCUGGAACAAGUACCUUAUUUCCUACCUGGAAUCGAAAAUGAACUGGGGGUCCUUUUACGCCGUAAUCAGCGGCGUAAACAGGCAUUCCACCGGCAUCGGCCGCAUCUGGCUGUCUGUCAUCUUCAUCUUCAGAAUCCUGGUCCUCGUGGUGGCGGCCGAGUCGGUCUGGGGCGACGAGAAGUCUGGCUUCACCUGCAACACUCAGCAGCCCGGCUGCAACUCCGUCUGCUAUGACCAGUUCUUUCCCAUCUCACACAUCCGCCUGUGGGCCUUGCAGCUCAUCCUGGUGUCCACGCCUGCUCUCCUGGUGGCCAUGCAUGUAGCCCAUCGCAGACACAUCAACAAGAAGAUCCUGAAGAAGUCCGGGCGCGGUUCCCCUAAGGAGCUGGAACAACUCAAGAACCAGAAGUUUGCGAUCACAGGCGCCCUCUGGUGGACCUACAUGAUCAGUGUGCUGUUUAGGAUCGUUCUGGAAGUCGGCUUCCUUUAUAUAUUCUACUUGAUCUACCCAGACUUCAAGAUGUUCCGUCUGGUCAAGUGUGACUCGUACCCCUGCCCCAACACUGUGGACUGCUUCGUGUCACGACCCACGGAGAAAACCAUCUUCACCGUGUUCAUGCUCUCCGUGUCGGGGGUGUGUGUUCUCCUCAACCUGGCCGAGGUGGCCUACCUGAUUGGCAGAGCCUGUCUGAGGUGUAUCCAUGGUAACCAGGAAGAGACGAAGGUAGCAUGGAUCGGUCAGAAACUGUCCUCCUACAAACAGAAUGAAAUCAACCAGAUGAUCGCUGACCAGUCGAAGUUCAAGUUCAACGUGGGAGCUAGGAAGACCUCUAUGGAGAAGGGAGACAGGUGUUCUGCUUUCUGAUAGGCUGCCCUGGAAGGGAGAGUGGUGCUCUGCUUUCUAAUAGGCUGCCCUGGAAGGGAGAGUGGUGCUCUGCUUUCUAAUAGGCUGCCCUGGAAGGGAGAGUGGUGCUCUGCUUUCUAAUAGGCUGCCCUGGAAGGGAGAGAGGUGCUCUGCUUUCUGAUAGGCUGCCCUGGAAGGGAGAGUGGUGCUCUGCUUUCUAAUAGGCUGCCCUGGAGGGAGAGAGGUGCUCUGCUUUCUGAUAGGCUGCCCUGGAAGGGAGAGAGGUGCUCUGCUUACUAAUAGGCUGCCCUGGAGGGAGAGAGGGGCUCUGCUUUCUAAUAGGCUGCCCUGGAAGGGAGAGAGGUGCUCUGCUUACUAAUAGGCUGCCCUGGAAGGGAGAGAGGUGCUCUGCUUUCUGAUAGGCUGCCCUGGAAGGGAGAGAGGUGCUCUGCUUACUAAUAGGCUGCCCUGGAGGGAGAGAGGGGCUCUGCUUUCUAAUAGGCUACCCUGGAAGGGAGAGAGGUGCUCUGCUUACUAAUAGGCUGCCCUGGAAGGGAGAGAGGUGCUCUGCUUACUAAUAGGCUGCCCUGGAAGGGAGAGAGGUGCUCUGCUUACUAAUAGGCUGCCCUGGAAGGGAGAGAGGUGCUCUGCUUACUAAUAGGCUGCCCUGGAAGGGAGAGAGGUGCUCUGCUUACUAAUAGGCUGCCCUGGAAGGGAGAGAGGUGCUCUGCUUACUAAUAGGCUGCCCUGGAAGGGAGAGAGGUGCUCUGCUUUCUGAUAGGCUUUCAAGUCCGAGUUCUCACUCCUUUUCAGUGCUUCAAACUAAAGAACUAACUCCAUCUUGUCAUAACGCCAAUCAUCAUUUAUUUCUUGCUCCAUUUAUUCGGGUGACUGGUGCUAGGUUCUGGUAGGAUAUGAAGAACAAACAGACCCAGACAGGGGGUAUUGGAUGGGCCCCCAAAAAAGAAAACUAACCCGGACAAACUCGAUGCUGGAUUGGAGGGAGAAUUUUGUUUCGUCGUGAUCGACACAGUCACUGUUUUCUCACAACCUUGGGGCAGGAACUAGUGGAUAAAGGAACAUUUGUUUCAGCACAUGACUUGACAAACCCAUUGUAUUGGAACUC